AUGCAGUUCCUCACCCUAAUCCUCUACUUCAUCGCCAGCGUCCACGCCGUCACCGUGCCUCCCAGCAAAUGGAACUACACGUACCCCUGGCCGGUGCAGUACUACAACCUAACAUCGCAGGAGCAAACGCUGUCAAUGGCGUACAUGGACGUCAGGCCAAACAGCACCAGCAGCACCAGCUCAGGAAAUGAUAGCACGAUCGUGCUCCUGCACGGCAAGAACUUCUGCGGCGCAACCUGGGAGCGCACAGCGCGCCUGCUCGCAGCCCACGGCUACCGCGUCAUCAUACCCGACCAGAUCGGGUUCUGCAAGUCGUCGAAGCCGCGCGCGUAUCAGUUCUCACUGCAGCAGCUGGCGCGCAACACGCGCGACCUGCUGCAGAGGCUCGGCAUCACGAGGGCGACGAUGCUCGGGCACUCGAUGGGGGGGAUGCUGGCCGCGCGCUUCGCUCUCGCGUACCCCGACCUCACUGCGCGGCUCGUUCUCACGAACCCGCUUGGGCUGGAGGACUGGGUGGCCUUGGGGGUGCCGUGGCAGAGCAUCUCAGCGGGGUAUGCGACGGAGCUAGCGAGCAACUUCUCCAGCAUCAAGGCGUACCAGCAGAGCACGUACUACGCGGGGACGUGGGACGGGGCGUACGACGAGUGGGUGGCGAUGCUGGUGUCGGUGUACGAGCUGGCGGGCGAGGGCGACACGUUCGCGUACGACAUGGCGCUGACGACGGAUAUGGUGCUCACGCAGCCGGUGGUGUAUGAGCUGGGGGCACUGAAGAUGGCGACGCUGCUGCUGAUCGGGCAGGAGGAUAAUACGGCGAUUGGGAAGGCGUGGGCGCCCGAGGAGGUCAAGCCUUUGCUGGGCCAUUACGACGUUUUGGGGAAGCAGACCGCGGACAGGAUUCCUGGAGCUACGUUGGUGGAGUUUGAGGGGCUGGGCCAUGCGCCCCAGAUUCAGGACCCCGAGGCUUAUCAUGCUGCGCUUUUGGAGUGGCUUGGAAAGUAA